AAGAGAAAGAGAAGGAGAAAAGAGAGUCCGAGCGAUUCCGAAGAAAGAGUAAACGCUUGGAAUCAUAAAUACAGUUGGUGCUCAAGGCGGCGGUCACAGAGCACGCAAAGCAAUUGGCAAAAAGGAGAAGAGCAAGGGCAGAAAUGUCUUACUUGUUGCCGCACCUGCACUCGGGAUGGGCGGUGGACCAGGCGAUACUGGCGGAGGAGGAGCGGCUAGUGGUAAUUAGGUUCGGCCAUGACUGGGAUGACACCUGCAUGCAGAUGGACGAGGUGCUUUCGAGCGUGGCAGAGUCCAUCAAGAAUUUUGCGGUGAUAUACCUGGUGGACAUCACGGAGGUGCCCGACUUCAAUACUAUGUAUGAGCUUUACGACCCUUCCACUGUGAUGUUUUUCUUCCGCAACAAGCACAUAAUGAUUGAUCUUGGGACCGGCAACAACAACAAGAUCAACUGGGCUCUCAAGGACAAGCAGGAGUUCAUCGACAUUAUCGAAACCGUGUAUCGCGGUGCCCGGAAGGGCCGCGGUCUCGUCAUUGCCCCCAAGGACUAUUCCACCAAGUAUCGCUACUAGUUUUGCAUUUCUCUUUCUAUUCGCAUAUUACCUCACACAUUUCACACUAACUGUGAAUUGCUAUCCAUAAUGGAUUACUCUUCCUGAUUGUUUAAGAUUUCAAUCCAUUUAGGAGGACAGUGCAGUUUUGUGUUUAUAUUCUUAAUUUAAGAAUUUUAUGCUUUA